CACUUCUCGGAUUCCGUAGAUUGUGAGAGGAGAAAACAUGGCGCUACUCGGUGGGAGGAUGUUUCUGUCUCUAGGUCGAAGUAACAUUUCUAAUUUGGGGUUAAAGCAAACAACAAACAGAGUCACAUAUGCCACGGCUUUGUCCGUAAAUUCUUCCGCUGGGAAUAAAGAACGAGGUGGUCGAGGAUCUGUUGGCAGAAGACCAAGGAGAGAUCCAGGGGAGCCCAGGACUGGGAAGAUGCCCGUUGAUCAGGACUGGACCUCGGUUUAUCCUUCAGCAACCCCCUUCAGGUCAAAUGCUGUCCCUCUUCCUGUGAGGAUGGGUUACCCCGUGAAGGGAGGCGUUUCACCGGAGAAGAAGGGCAACCUGGAGUUAGUAAAGAUACCACACUUUCUGCAUUUGACGCCGGCAGCCAUAAAGAAACACUGUGAAGCUCUGAAGCCGUUCUGCACAGAGUGGCCCUCCGCCUUGGACACUGAUGCCAAAUGUGACAAGCAUUUUCCCAUUAAAAUCCAGAGCUCAGACUACGUGUCUGCCGGCCCCUCCGUCAGGAACCCCUCAGCUCGUAUUGUUCAUCUCAAAGUUAAGUUGUCCAGUUUGAACCUUGAUGACCACGCACGCAAGAAAAUGCUGAAGCUUGUUGGGGAGAGAUACUGCAAAGACUCAGACAUCCUCAGCAUCAAAACAGACUGCUGCCCUCUGAGACAGCAGAACUACGAAUAUGCCAUGUACCUGCUAACUGUUCUGUAUCAUGAAUCCUGGAAAAUUGAGGCCUGGGAGGCGGAGAAGACUGCUGCAGACAUGGAGGAGUACAGCUGGGAGGACAGCCCGUCCCAAAAGAACAUCCUGGACACGCUGCUGCGCAUGAAAGUGGCUGGAGAGGGAGAGGAGGCUGAAGUUAGAGAGCAGCUAUUGGCUAGAGGGGAGGUGCAGGAGUAUAAGGACUCAGUUGUGAGGCUAAAGAACGAAGGAGCAAACGAGAACAGCAUGUUGCAGUACAAGGAGGCGGUCAAGAAGGUACUCAACGUGUGAAACCAUCACAGAGGAAAAUAAACUGAUUGAUCGGAAGAUGGUGACCAAGAACAAGAAAACAACAUCUUAA